CACUCCCCCACUUUUGCAUUUGUUAUUACCCAGAAGAGAUCUAGAGAGAGAGAGAGAAGAGUAGACCAGAGACAUCUAGGGAGAAAGAGGAGAUGAAGAGGGCAUCUUCCAUAUUCAUUGCCUUGUUCCUUAUCUCUGGUCUAUCUUCUUCACAUGUGAAUUCACAAACAGAUUCAUGCUCUUCUAAUCUCAACCUCAAUGGCCAAAUCCAAUUCGAUACUUCUUCCCUCAUCUGCAACUCUGUUUGGACUGCUCAAGAUUACAUCCUCAGAUAUGCACAAGCAGGACCAAGCUUGUGGAGCUUUGUUCUCUCUGCGCCAAACACAAAUGCAUACAUAGCAAUCGGAUUUUCUCCCAAUGGACAGAUGGUAGGUUCGAGUGCGAUCGUGGGGUGGAUGGGGACCGACGGUCUGGCCCAAAUCAAACAUUACUAUCUGGGAGGCCAAACGCCGAGUCAAGUGGUGCCUGAUCAAGGCAACCUAGCAAUCGUUGGAAAUUCAAGCUCCAUUGUAGCUGGAUCGUCUCGUAUAUAUAUAGCCUUCCAAUUGGCCACCGCCACGCCGGAUUCUCGGCUCGUUUACUCCAUUGGACCCACCGGAAUAUUCCCUUCAUCGCCCGGGUACCGGUUGACGGAACACAGUAAUAGUGUCUCCACUUUUUUGAAUUAUGCCACGGGUCAAAGCCAAACACAAAAAACUCCAUAUGCAAAUCUGAAGAAGAACCAUGGGAUCUUGAACAUGUUGGGAUGGGGAAUUCUAAUGCCGAUUGGGGCAAUCGUGGCUCGACACUUCAAGGAGUGGGAUCCAAUCUGGUUUUAUUCCCACAUUUCAAUCCAAUCACUAGGUUUUAUAUUGGGAAUAGCAGGUGUUAUCUGUGGCUUUGUCUUAGAACCCAAGCUCGGUGCCAAUGUCAACAAGCACAAAGGCCUCGGAACCUUCAUUCUUGUUCUUGGCUGCCUUCAGGUUAUUGCAUUUUUGGCUAGGCCUGAUAAGGCAUCAAAGUACAGAAUAUACUGGAAUUGGUAUCAUUUCACAGUUGGGAGGGUAUUGAUAUUUUUUGCAGCAGUGAAUAUAUUCUAUGGAAUUCAUUUAGGGAAGGCUGGGAGUGGAUGGAAUGCUGGCUAUGCUAUUGUGCUUGUAGGAUUGUUUGUUGUUGCGGCUAUUUUGGAGAUUAGGAAAUGUACGAGAAAAUAAAAAUCAUGUUUCAUGUUUUAUGUUUUAUUACAUAUGUAGUAGGAGUUUCAUGUUUUUCAUUCUUAUUUGUUAGUGAUAACUUUUUGCAAAUGCCAAUCUCUCCUUUUUAUUUUU